CUUUCUCUUUUAUUCCAGAAGAAAAUCAUGAGCCUUUGAAAAAAAAAAUCUGAUCAAAAACAAAGACCUCGUGUGAAAUUUUGACAAAAAACAUCCUACGUCUAUUUUUCUGGAGUGAAUUUCAAAAUGUUGUUGUAUAUUUUAGGCGUGAUUCUUUUAAUUGUUUGUAUCAAAAUAACAAUAAAAAGUUAUUUCGGUGAAAAGCAUGGUCCCCCUGGACCCAAGGGAUAUCCCUUUUUUGGCGUGAUCUUUGAAGUAGAUAUCUCAAAGCUACAUGAGAAACUGUAUGAAUGGACACAACAGUAUGGGGAUGUUUUCCAGUUCCAAAUGCUCGGCAAGAAAUUUAUCUGUAUAAACUCAGUAGAUGUUUUGAGGGAAACUUUUUUCAAAGAACCUUGUGCCACAAUUAGUGCUGCUCGACCACCGACCUUUGUUGGGAAGUAUGUGAUUCGAAACUAUACCGAUGUCAUAUUUUCAUCACCUAGCCCGUCGUGGACAAAACGCAGGAAAUUUGUCCACCGCUUGCUCCAUACAUAUGGAGAGGGUAUCUCUUCCCUUGAAAACCAAGUGCUACAAAAUCUACUCUAUUUCAAAGGAAAAGUGAAAGACACUAACUCAGCAAAUGUUAAUCCAUUCGAAAUAGUGGAUGAGUUCAUAUUGAGCACAAUAGAAACUCUGUUCAUCGGUCGAAGGUUUGGCAGAGAAGGACCACUGCAGCCGUUUAUGAAGAUAGAAGAGGAGUUGGGUAAUCGGCUGUCCAGUCCGGGGACGGAUGCAGUGUACAGUGCUGCCCCAUUCCUCCGGUUUCUCCCGCUACCAAUGUCAUUGAUUUUUCAUGAAGUCAAAAGCGUGCAUCAAAGAAUUUUGGAUACUCUGGAAACAUUAUCGAAAGAGGAUUGCGAAGAAAAAGGAAUCUAUCAUACGCUUAAAGAAGCGACGGAGGAAAAAGACGAAAAUGGGGAACCGUGUAUAAAUGAGGAUAACAUAUAUGGAAUACUUUUUAAUCUUGCUGGAGCUGGAUAUUUAACAACACGGGGAACUCUAUUAUCCGUAAUUCAGAUCCUUGCAAAAAAACCGGGGCUUCAAAAAUUAUUGCAAAAAGAAGUAGACGAAGUCAUUGGACGGGACCGGAAUCCAAGACUCUCAGACCGGAGUAAGUGUCCACUGUUGGAAGCCGUCGUCAUGGAAACACUGCGUUAUAUCUCCCAUGUUCCUGUAUUUGUACUUCACUCCACUUCACAAUCCACAACAAUCGGUGGAUACAAUGUGGAGAAGGACACAGUGAUUGUUCCCAACAGUUGGACCAUGCAUCACAGUGAAAAACACUGGGACGAGCCGUUCAGAUUUAAACCAGAACGUUUCUUGGAUAGAGAUGGAAUGCUCCUUCCCGCGACAAACCCAGUGAGGAAAAGAUUUGCAGCGUUCGGAUUAGGGAAAAGAGGUUGUUUGGGCGAAGUUUUUGCAAAGUCUCGAAUUUUUCUGUUCUUAUCAUCGCUGAUGCAAAUGGCGACUAUUGAUGAACCGGAAGGAAAACCUUUACUUGAUCUUGAUCCCAGAAAAAUGGUUCCCGGAAUAGUCUUACAGCCACAAGAAUACGAAGUUCGAUUUCUAUUGCGAUGAUUCCUGCAAUUACUGUGAUGAAUAAACAAAUUAAAAUAUUCUUAUAGAUAUAUAUGAUGACAGAGAGAGAGAGAGAGAGAGAGAGAGAGAGAGAGAGAGAGAGGCAUAUGUUCACUAUCCAAAAUGAAGUAAAUGUGUAUUAACAGAUCAAAGUGA